AUGUCAACAAUCGACAGAGUCGCCAUCAUUGGCGCCGGCCUUUCUGGCCUAACCCUUGCUCUAGCCCUACAGAAACAAUCCAUUCCCUGCUCCCUCUACGAGGCUCGAUCAUCCCCCCUCAACAUCGGGGGCGCAAUCAUGCUUUCCCCAAACGCCCUGCGCAUCCUCGACCAGCUAGGCGUCUACGAGCGCAUCCUUCCAGAAGGCUACGAAUUCGAUAAACUAUACUUCCGCUCCCCGGAUGAUCAGCCCAUGGAUACCUACGAUUUCGGAGGCACAGAGCAAUAUGGCUACCACGGGAUGCGCAUCUACCGGCAUGUCCUCAUCCGGGAGCUAUCCGCCAUGGUUAGCCAGGCGAAAAUUCCCAUCAAGUACCACAAGAAAUUCGUCCGCGUGGUAGCCGAAACAGAAGAGGAUAUCACCUUUGAAUUUGCGGAUGGCACCACCGAAACCGCAACCUGCCUUGUCGGCGCGGACGGAAUCCACUCCCGCGUUCGCAAAUACCUGUAUCCAGACCUCGAGCCCAUCUUCACCAAUAUCGUCGCCGUGACGGCCGCCGUGCCGACGAACCAGCUGCAGGUUCCCAGCGGGUAUGGCCUGCCGGUGACGAUCCUGAACAGGACGCACGGGGCAUUCGUCAUUGCACCGCAGUUGGCCGAUGGCUCAGAGGUGCUCAUCGGGCGGCAGAAGCGGGCGCAGCAGCUAAGCCGAGAGGGGUGGGACGAGCUGCUAAAUAAAAAGGAGUGGUGCGUGGAUUUCCUCCGGGAAGGCGUGGACUCGUUUCCUGGCAUCGUGCAGCGGGCUGUGGCGGAUAUCACGACCGACAAGAUCAACCUGUGGCCGUUCUAUGUGGUGCCGAAGCUUGGGACUUGGAGCUCGGAGCAUUCCCGGGUGGUGAUAUUAGGGGAUGCGGCGCAUGCGAUUCCGCCGUCUGCAGGGCAGGGGAUUAAUCAGGCUUUUGAGGAUGUUUUUACAUACGCUCUGAUCCUUGCACGGUCGGAUAAGGUGUCGCUUCAGCGGGCAUUGAAGAUUUGGCAGGGGGGACGGCAGGAGCGGGUGGAUAAGGUUCUUGAGCUGAAUGCGCAGAUUGAUAAACGGAGGAUGCCAACUAUGGGGGAAGAGGACGCAGAGCAGGCAGAGGAGCCGUUUGACUUGCAAUGGUUGUAUAAGCCGGAUUUUGUGGAAAUGGUGGACAGCUGGCUUUCAAGGAUGGAGAACUGA